CCCUUCCUUCUGGUAGCCUAUUGAGCUGAGUUGUUUUUCGCCUUCGACUCAUGCGUUUCAAAAUUAAAUCCAGGCUCUAUUUUUCCCUCUGGAUUGGGCAUAAUUUGAUUCCGGCGGCCGGUUCCGACUUCCGAUCCGGAUUCCGGAAAAUCCAAGGCAUUUUUUCAGAGUAUUUCACUAUUUGCUCCACUGUUAAUAGUUUGGCAUUACGUUUUCAAAAAAUCAACAAGAACGUUUUUACUUUUUACAAUCCGAAAUCCCAAUAUUUUCUUGAAAUAUUUUACAUUACUUCGUUAUUACUUACUAAAUGUGUAUGAAAUUUUAAGUUUGUACAAGAGAAAUCACGAUUCCAUCCACACAGCAUCUGAAUUUGUUCAUUCAAGUUAAAAAUUCAAGCUAGUAACCUGCUGCUUUACUUGUAUUAUUAGCUGUUAUUAUAACCCUUAACUGAAAAUUUCUUUCAAAGUGGAGGUUGUUAGGGUUUCCAAAUAUUGGAACUUACUCAAUAUAAUAAUGGCUUCAUGCUCUAGAAAAAUCAAGAGGCCAUUUGUUGUAUCAGUUGAAGGUAAUAUCGGAAGUGGAAAAUCAUCAUUUUUAACACAUUUCCAGUCAUAUCCUGGAGUCAAAAUUUAUUCAGAACCCGUUGAGGAUUGGUGUGAUGUUGGUGGCCAUAAUUUGCUAGCUCUCUUAUAUUCAAAUCCAGAAAAAUGGAGUUUUGCAUUCCAAUCUACUGUACAACUGUCACGUUUGAACAUUAUUUUGCAACCCACAAAUGCAAACAUAAAAAUGAUUGAGAGGUCACUUCAAAACAACAGAUUUUGCUUCCUUGAAAUAGGGAAGCAAAUGGGAGCUUUGUCUCAACCUGAAUAUGCUGUCUUGACAAAAUGGUAUGAGUGGCUAGAAAAGAAAGCAGACAUAGGUUUAGACCUCAUUGUUUAUCUGAGAACGAGCCCGGAAGUUGCGCAUCAAAGGAUGAAAAAUCGCAAACGUCCGGAAGAAAAUGAGGUUCCACUUUCUUACAUUACGUUGGUUCAUGAUUGCUACGAAUCUUGGUUGGUUGGCGACGGACAAACUACACCCAAUUGUCCAGCACCUGUGUUAAUUUUGGAUGCCAACCGUUCCCUAGAAGAGGUGUUUAAAGUUUAUGAAGAGAACCGAGAUAAAAUUCUUGGACGCCAUAAACCGUAGUUUUCAGCAUUUCCGACGGCUAUAUUAUCAGAUAUGCACAACGAAGUUUUUCUUCGAUUUUUUAAAUAGGGUAGUGUUGCUUUAUUCAUGAGAUUGAAUUGUUCUGUGUAACAAGUACAAUCUUCAUUCCCUGAGGGGCGUGAGGUUAUUUAAUGAGAACACAGAAACUGCAUUAUUGCUGCAACGCAUCGGGGCCUUUGUUUCUCUUAUCCAAAUAUGGGAAAAUAUAAACAGAUGCAAUGA